UACUUUGUGUGUAUAUAUAUAUGCACAUACACAUAGGAAGAUAUGAUGGGUUACGAGCAGAUGAAUCAGAUGACAAUGACAACAACCGCGAUGAUGAAGAAUUUCAAUAAGAUGGGACCAAUCAAUACUCCACGGAAGAAAACGACGAGGAGAAGUGUGCCGGCCGCCAUUGAUGGCGGUGCGACGGUGGCGGCUGGAGAAGGAGAUUGCCGCCGGAAUAUCAUCAAGACUCUCGAUCUGAGCGGCAUGUCCUUGGCUUCUCUCUCAGCCUCUUCUAUCAACUUAGCUUCAAUCUCGAAACUUGAUCUCUCCAACAACAAUAUUCAGCAAAUUCCAGAAUCUCUAGUAGCAAGAAUGUUAAACUUGUGGGCAUUGGAUUUGCACUCAAAUCAGCUCAAAUCUCUUCCCAACUCCAUUGGAUGUCUUUCCAAGCUUAAGAUUCUUAAUGUCUCCGGAAAUUAUAUCCAAUUUCUCCCCAAAACUAUCGAAGAUUGCAAAUCAUUGGAAGAGCUAAACGCCAACUUCAACGAGCUGACGAGGCUUCCAGACACGUUAGGGUUCGAGCUAACGAAUCUGACAAAGCUCUCAGUCAACUCGAACAAGCUUGUCUUGUUACCACACUCCCUUGGCCACAUGACGUCGCUACGUGUGCUCGACGCGCGGCUUAACCGCAUUGGGUCUCUCCCGGAUGAUCUAGAGAACCUCGUGAACCUUCAGGUCCUUAACGUUAGCCAGAACUUCCAGCACUUGACGGUUUUGCCUUACUCCAUUGGGUUAUUGAUAUCUCUCGUGGAGCUUGACGUUAGUUAUAACGGAAUUACCGUUUUACCGGACUCCAUCGGCUGUCUCCGCCGGAUUCAGAAGCUCUCCGUCGAGGGCAAUCCCCUCGUCUCCCCUCCUUUUGAAGUGGUGGAACAGGGUUUGGAAGCAGUGAAGCGGUACAUGAGCGAGAAGAUGACAGAGUCUUAUAAGAAGACUCCGAUGAAGAAAAAGUUGUGGGGCAUUGGUAAGAUCGUCAAAUACAAGACCUUUAACGGCCUGAGCUCAUCUCCGGCGAGGAGUCCCGGCGGUAACCGCCGUGGAGACGAGAGGGAAGGCUUCAUCAACGUCUCCGAUUACCGCCAGAUCGACGGAAUCGCCUCCCCUCGACACGUGUCUCUCUUCAACCCGCGACGCCUCUUGUCUCCAUUCUCCGCGUAUUUCUCUCCUCCAAGGUAGUAUUAGUUAGGUUACUUCUGUUUUUUUUGUUUAUCGUCAUUCACAUUUUUUUUUUUUUUUUGCAUGCAGCGUUAUUCCCUUGUACUGUAUGUUUUUUUUUUUUCUUUUUUCCCGCACAUAGCGUUCUUUUCUCUGUAUCAUAUAGACUUUUGUGAUUGAAUUCAA